UUAGCAUUAUUCGCAGUUACACUCCAACCUAGCUUUUUCAGUUUCCCUUUAGCUUUCCCGGUUUAGAAAGUCUCUUCACUGUUCACUCCUCACUCUUCUCCCAUGCCUCUGCUUUAUGUUCUUUUCCCUGCAAAGCUCUCACCUCUUCUAUAUAUUCGAACAAUGUCUUAAUGCCCUUCAUAUUUUUGUUGGGGAAGGAAGAAAGAGAUAGAGUGGUGAAAAAUGGGUCGGGGAAAGAUUGAGAUCAAGUUGAUCGAGAAUGCCACCAACAGGCAGGUCACCUACUCCAAACGGCGCAAUGGCAUUUUCAAGAAAGCUCAUGAACUCAGUGUUCUCUGUGAUGCUAAGGUUUCCCUCAUCAUGUUCUCCAAAAACAAUAAGAUGCAUGAAUACACCACUCCUGGCCUAACGACAAAGAAUAUAAUAGAUCAGUACCAGAGGACUUUGGGGAAUAUCGAUCUCUGGAGUGCCCAAUAUGAGAGGAUGCUCGAAAACAUGAAGAAGCUGAAAGAGACUAACAAUAAACUCAGAAGACAGAUAAGGCAGAGGAUGGGUGAGGAUUUAAAUGAUCUGGACUUCCAACAACUACGCAGUCUUGAGGAGGAUAUGGUUUCUGCCUCCGGGAUCAUACGUGAACGAAAGCUUCAUGUAAUCAAAACUCGGACAAGUACCAGUAAGAAAAGGGUCAAAAGCAUGAAGCAGAUGAACGAGAAUCUGCUGCUUGAACUUGAAAAGUGUGUGAUCCAUUCACAAUAUCUGGUGCCCGAGGAAGGAGACCAGGAAUCAUCAGCAGUUACGGUGGCCACUGGUGUCUCUAACUUCCAUGGAUUGUGCCACCAGCAGCACCCUACCCAUAUGAAUCUUCACCAUAAUGGAAUGGGAUUGAGAUCUGACGAUCUGCGCCUUGCUUGAAAUGUAUCGUGUUUGCGUCGGCCCUGUAAAUUUAUCAUUUACCACCUCUUAUUUUAGCUUUCGUAUCCUUUAGAAAACACUGUAAUCUGACUACUCUGCAUUAAUGCUUUGGAGCUUGUUUUGCUUUCUUUCUUACAUUAACUGUUUAGCGAGUCUUCGGAUGUCAUUCGAGGUUGUGGCUUGGCUUCUACAGUUUAGGAAUUGUGCUAUGAAAAGUUUCUGUUUGAAAA